GUGGAGUGUUGCAAAUCGCUCGAUUCUAUACGACAUAGAAUAGCACGUGCGGUCUUGCAGUUCAAGCUGAAGUUUUGAAGUGAUUACCCGCCGCUAUUCUUCGCAAUUUGGAGAUUUGCUGAAUUGCCCGAAUAUUCUGUAUAGUACUUCUGGAAACGCAAGAACGCCAAUGUCAAAACCGCGAAGACAGAGAAAUAGCCAAACCUUCCUGGAAUGGCUUUUAAACGUUUUGAACAGAAAGCGGUCACCGCAAAACGCGUACUGGCUGGACGAAGAAGAGAGGAUAUUCGCUGUGCGAUGGGUGCACCAGAAAAGUCAUUUAUACACUGAGGAAUGUUUACAUUUAUUUCAGCUCUGGAAAAAUGAAUGCAGUCGUUCCUGGAGAUAUGGCAGCAACAGUGCGAAGAAAUCUCUGAAAACCAACUUUCGAAUGAACCUACGCAAUUCGGUGAACUUUGAAGACUUGACUGACAUUUACCAGAACGAUAAAAUGGACCACGAAUUUCCAAUGAAAGUUUUUAGAAUAAACAGAAAGGCACAACAGAGACGGCAAAACGCCACAGCCCCAAGCUGGACAGAAACCAUUGUUAAUCAGGAAACCCAAAUGGCACAUCCAACAGUAGUUGGUUUCCAAGCACAAAACUGCAUAAAACCGUUACACAAAGAAACAACCGCAGAGUUCUUCACGUGGUCAAAUAGUCACACUGUCACAACCCCUCUGAUGUCCCAAUAUGAAAAUUCCGGUAACUGGCUGAAGGAAACUCAAGAUAACAAAGUUAUGAAUUGGAACGGUGGCUUAAGCGACUUGGCUGUUAAUUCGCGAGAUUUAAUUAAUGGAUUAGAUAGUUCAAGCCAUCCGGGAAACCCACUGAUCAGCCUUGAAUUAGGUCUUAAUCGAAACUAUAUUCUCGGCACAGACCUUGCACCCUGCCAAGAAGAAGAAAGGCGAAUCGCGAACCCUUUCAAACCCUUGAAUUUAGAUGCCAAUUGUUACCUGGACUGUAUACCGAACAUUGACACUAGCUUCUUCCCUGGUAGUAACAGCCUAUAUUACCCGGUGAACGAUCCAAAAAUGGUAAAAGAUGGAACAACGGUGUUAUCACUUCUUUCCACGGAAAACAUAGAUUCCCAAUGUAGCGCGCGACCUAACAACAAUACACUGGGAACGAAUGAAAUUCAAUACACCGUACCGUUACGUCAUCCCCUAGUCACCAGUCCUACACAUAGUGAAAUAAUCGACCGGUCGAGUCCUACGCAAAGCUAUUCGAGUGCUUGGAGUGGCGAUGAUUCGUCAGGUCAAAUCUUUGAUGAGUUUGACGGCAUUUUUCCAUUUGAUGAUUAUUCCGACUCGGUUUUUGAUUAAGGAACUAUAGAAAUGCAUGUUAACUAUAUACAUUUGAUUUUUAUGAAUGAGCUAUGUCCAAUUUAGGCUUGCACACGUACUAUGGAGGAAAUUCCAUAGUUCGUACUAACAAAGACUGCACAUGCACAUAGUUGUACGUUUGUUGAAUUGUUAUGAGGUAAGCCCGCUUUUAAUGGGUUUGCUUUGAACGGAAACGAUAACAAGUCGGCGACUUACACAAGACUGUGUGAUUUGCAAAGCCUCGAUUCGCUUUCUUCUGUAAAAAAGCACGCUUGUUGUCAACUGACAUAGAAACCUGCAAACCACAUGAAUAAUAUAUGUAUUUUGAUAAGUCAAGGCUGCUAGCGAGUGGC